GCCUUUCGUGCCCCCAUCAUAGCAUCCCUGUGUGUUCUUUUUGGUUGGGGACUUAUUGGGAAAUGCCCUUGUCUUCCUUCCAUCCAAAUCCUCCCCCCGCACACCCCCGUGUAAGGAGGAGAGGAGCGAAAAGGAUCAGGUGUGUCUGUGUGUGGCAGUAGCUCACGCAACCGGCCUCAAAAACUCCCCACAGCCCUCCUCCUCCCUCCUCCUUCCUCCCCCUCCCUUAAGAAUCCCUCCUCCCUCUUUUCUUCUCUUCUUUCUCAUUCAAACGAAGCAACUCCUGUUGUGUCAGUUUUAUCUUCUUCCUCUCCACCACUAACCACCACCGAGCCAUGGCAGAGGAGGAUCAGCAGCAGCUUUCCCCCCUUAGGUGGUGAAGUUCCUGAAGCUACUGAGCCAUCCCCAUAGGCUCAAGAAGAUCUGAAGUAUUACAUGUGGAGAUAUACAUGAACUAGCUUUUUCUGAAGGCAUGUUAAAUGAACUGAAAAGAAAUAGCAUAGCAAUCCUAUACCUUCACUCGGAGAACUGAUGGACACUUUUAUAAAUAGUUCGUAUCGCAUGUGGAUAGCCUCACCUACAGAUGAGAGGAAACAUUCAACGGACUUUUCUCUUCAAGUAAUCAGUUGGACUCAAACUUUUGCAAGUAAACAGGUGAGAAACGAUUGAAGUGGCCUUAUUCCCAGCACACAAGAUCUCUUCAUUUUCAUCAUCAAACAUGCCGACUCAGCCUCUCUUAGCGUAUAUGGAUGGGCCAGAUGGUAUCGCCAGUACUGUUGGUUCACGUAUGGAGAACAAUGAUGCCACAAUGCCAAUCAAAGGGGCCAACACAAUUUCAUACAAGAACUUGCAAGACAAAUUCUUAAUGCAAGGUGAAGGAUGCGUGCCUUUGGACUGCAUGUUCUGUGAUCAGACUUUCAAGCAUCCGGAAGAUCUUGGUAAGCACGUCUUAACGCAGCACAGGCCAACCCUUUGCGAGCCAGCUGUUCUGCGAGUUGAAGCAGAAUAUCUUAGCCAUUUUGAUAAAGGACAAGUGAGAGCAGAUUUCAAGUCCUCAGAAGUGAAUGAAAAAGAGAACCAAGAUUUCAGCUGUGAAGUUUGUGGGCAGACAUUUGAUGAGUCUUUUGAUGUUGAGGCCCACAUGAGGAAGCAUAAGGACUCUUUCACUUACUGGUGCAGCGUGUGUGGAAGGCGAUUUAAGGAGCCCUGGUUUCUCAAAAAUCACAUGAGAACUCAUACUGGUAAGCCUGGCUCUAGAAGCAAGACACCCCAAGAAUCUGAGACUCCUAUAACAAUAAAUGAGGUUGUGCAGGACCAUGUAACUGAAAGCAUUACAUCGCCUUAUAAAAUCUGCAUGGUUUGUGGCUUCCUAUUUCAAAAUAAGGAGAGUCUAAUUGAGCACAGUAAAGUACAUACCAAAGAUUCAGUUGCUGGCAGUGAUGGCUCAGAAGCCGAUAGAAGUGGGAAAGGAAAUAGAUCGCCCAGAGAGGAGUUUUUGCAGUUCUUAAACUUGAAACCACGCUUGCCUCCUAGCAGUAGCAAAGUAGAAAAGCCCGUGAAAUGGAUAGUGGAAUUGGAUCCAUUCAGUACCUAUCAGGCAUGGCAACUGGCUACCAAAGGUAAAAUUGCCACUAGUCACGGACAAAUAAAAGAACCAGGGCAAGAAGGAAGUACAGAUAACGAUGAUUCAUCUUCUGAUAAAGAGGAGCUUGGGGAAAUUUGGAAAGCAAACAAAGUGAACCAGACUGAAAGCAUAGGGAAGACUAAGACAAGCAAAAGUGGAAGUUAUGCAGGGAUUGGUAACGUAUCACAAAAUACAUUCAAAUAUCCCUGUCGUGAAGUGCCUUCUAUGGAGAUAAAUUCUAAGUCCCAUAACAAAGAUAAGCCCACCCAUUGUUCGGAGUGUGGCAAAGCCUUUCGAACUUACCACCAGCUAGUCCUUCAUUCAAGAGUACAUAAGAGAGACCGAAAGAAUGAUUUGGAAGUGAGUUCUGUUGAAGGAAAGCAGCCUAGAGCAUGUCUUACGGAUGUAGUGACUCUGGAUGAGAACGGAGCAGGAGAACGUGUGGAUGGAGGCUCUGAAGAUGGGUCUGAGGAUGGACUCAUUGAGACUUUAGAUAAAAAUGAAGACGGAAUGGAAAGAGGAAAAGUUAAAAACCUUGGGACCUCCAGAGAAUGCAGCUAUUGUGGGAAAUAUUUCCGCUCAAACUAUUACCUCAAUAUUCAUCUCAGAACUCACACAGGUGAAAAACCAUACAAAUGUGAAUUUUGCGAGUAUGCUGCAGCUCAGAAGACAUCUUUGCGCUAUCAUUUAGAAAGACAUCACAAGGACAAACAUGUAGAAACUGCAGCUGAUAUGAAAAGCGACGGUAAAGGUUUGUUACUUUCUCAGGAGGUGGGGUUCUUGCCAGGCACCACUAGUGCUCCAGAAACCAAAAAUCUGAAAAGGCUCCUUGAAGAUGCCAAAGAUGCUAAAGGAAGCCCACCUGUAAAACAGCAGAAAGAGAUGUUUCCCUCCUUUCAGAGCACAUCGAAAAGUGUAACUCAGGACACACACAAAGGUACAGACUGUAAUGGCUUGGAUGAGGACGCAUCAGUUUCCUGCCUUGAAAAAUUAAAAUUGGAAAAAAAUGCAUUAGAACCUCAGGAAAACAACCAUGCUGACAGGACUGAGAAAAGGAAUUGUGCAUCGCCAGAAAGUAUGCUUUAUACUGGUGCUUUGAAAGGCAGAACAAAUACGAAAUUUCCAAGUGGAAUGACAGAAAAUUCUAAAGAAAGCCCCUUAAAUUUAUCUACUGCUUCUUCCCAGGAUGUUUCAUUAAUAUCUCUCUCUCGAGGCUCCUUAGCAACCAGCACCUGUCCCUUUUGUACUUACCGUACACUCUAUCCAGAAGUUCUAAUAAUGCACCAGCGACUGAUGCAUAAAUACAAUCCCAAUACUGUUAAUAAAAAUGGCAUCAGAAAUAGGGCAGAUAUUAAAGCCAGGCGUACUGGAUGCCCACCAUAUCUUUUGGGCAAGGAUGUGCCCCCUCUGCCUCUUAACCCUGGGAAAACCAAGCCCUCCCCAUCUGGCCAGUCGAAAUCCCUGCAUGUGGAGAAGGUGAAACAGUGUCCUGGUCUACAGAGCAAAGUGCCCACUCUUUCAGGGUUGAAUUCCAGCAACAUGGCACCAAAUAACUUGAAAUCAUGCAAACAGCAAAUGGCUGGAGCGCAAGUGAAUAUUUAUAGGCAACAGCAUGAAAUACACCACGGCCUUGGUACCGCUCAAGCACAGGACAGAGGGAAGAGGCUGGAUCCUAAAGCAAGAGUUCUGGCUUCUCAGUCGGGCGCAGUGAGUAGCAACAUCAAUGGCUCUCACGAGACUCCUCCGCAUGAAGUUGUUUGGUCAAGUAAUCAAGGAAUAGGGUUUUUAAGUAGCAGACCUGCAGGGAAUAUAAACUUGGAAAUUGAUGGACUGCCUUCCAAAAGAGCAAGGCCGAAUCACUUGGCUCCAGAACAGAUGGGCGCUGCUCUGUAUCGGAGAGGGAGCGAUGCAGGCAGAUUACAUAUUUCGGGCAGAUAUGCCAAUCUGCUACCUCAGGAAUGUUCACACGCCAAACCUGCAUCCUCUUUCCUGCCUGCCAAACAAGGGCUCAAGAGCACUGCAGUAGAUGCUAUAAAUCCAGUGACUAUUCUAAAGCCAUAUGAAACAUACGGCCCUGGACCAUUUUACAGUUCCUUUGGCUCAAGCAGCAUUCAAGUCCCCAGCUCUUCAAAAGAAGGGAAAAGGCCAGUGUCGUAUCAACACUUGUCUAGCACCAUGCUACAAAAGCGAAGUUAUGAGAGUCUUAUUGGCAAUACGCAUAAUCGAUCGAAUGAGAAGAGAACAUGAUUUGACUGCACUGAAUGGUAUGAGGAUGCAAAUUUUGAAUUCCCUUGCAGUUGGUCCCAUGAGAAUAAUGAAUGAUGAAAGCUACCAAACUAAGCUGUGAUUGUACUGUGUAUAGAGAAAAACACUACAGUUGUGUAAUGGAAGGUCUGAUCCCAUUUGUACCGUGUGGACGUAAACGUUGUCUAAAGCUGGAUUGCAAAGGACUGUCAAAUGUGUGUAUCAGUUCCUGAUCUUGAAUGAUAUUUUUUCCCCUUAGGAUUACCAUAGACCAAAUGUUCAACAUAAAGUAUAUUUUUGCAUACGUACGUGCUGCUGAGAAGAAAUCAAUUUUUGAAGCUGUUUAUAACCCUUGCGCCUCAGGUAAAUCUGUGCAUUGAAUUUGGUUCAAAUACUAGGAGGAUUUUUGUAUAAGGGUAGCAGUUUGUCAGAUUUUGCUGUGUGCUAAACAAUGUACAUUAAAAAAAAUCAUCCAGAACUACAUAGUUUGUGUUCAUGUGCACAGUUCAAACACUCCCUCAGAGUAAAGCAAGAGCAAUCUAUAAUCUGUUCAAAGAAAACUUGUACUACUUCAAACCGAUGCCAUUUCCUGAACAUUGAAGGUGAGAUGUAUUUAUUUUACUUCCUGUCAAUAAAGGAGUAAGCCUUGUCACAAUCCUUUCCUUACAAUGUGAGUAGAAGGCCUUCAGCUAAUGCCUUCUGACCUUCCAGUGGUUGCUGGAGAAACUUGCAUAUAUGAGAGAGAGAGUUAACUUAUUCCGUUCCUUUCUAAAUGUUCAGCUUUAAACAUAUGUUAAAUGAAUUUUCCUAUAUGUCCAGAACAGAAAAUAGUGUAACCCUUCAACACUGAUGCAACCAUAACUAUACUAGGUGCCCUAAGGAGUUGCCUCAUUUGCUAAAGUGGCAACUCCCAAAAGUCCAGCAAACGACACUAUCCAUCCCCUCGCACUUCAACUCAUGGGAGAGGAUUCCGGUAGGAUACUGGGCAGCCACUGCCUCCUUAACUCAGCAAGUCUUGGUCAGGGUAUAAUGCGCAUCUAGUCAGUACCUUCACUGGGAGGCUUCACUGGGGCUAUAUGUACAAGCCACUCACAUGAGCAUUCCCCUUAUGAAGGUAAUGGCUGGCCCAUUUCAGUGGGCCCAUUGUUUUCACUCAAGCCAAGAGUGGCGGGCAGGGGUAGGCAUUCACUGCUGUCUGAUGAAGUUCCUGUCCCACACUUGCAGAUCUCCGGGGUGUGUGUGUGUGUGUGUGUGCGCGCGCCCAGCCCAGCCCCAAGCUGGUUUGAUAAGUUCAUCAAGGAGCUGUUUGUGUGAAUUUAAGCAUGUUUCCAUUGCACAUGAUUGAAUGGGGGUGGGAGGGGUUGUCUGUUCCCAACAGAACAGUGGUGCAUAUUGAUGGUGGUUCCAAGCAGCUAUUGAAGCCUCUAAGGACCACUUUACAAGAAUAUAUUUUUUUGACUUACAAAUGGUUCCAGGACAAAAUGGUUUCAAGCAUAUUUUUUGCACUCUUGAAUACGUGUUUCUUUGUAUCGGAUGUAAAAUGGCAAAACAGACGUUCUUGGAGAUUUCUCUAUCCCUCCUCCCCAUAUGCAGCUUGCAGACAUUUUAAAUGUAUGUCCUACUUCCUAUGUAUUAUGGAAUAUGUAAUUUUGAUGUCUCUGUAAAACUGGCAAUGUAAUGAAGUGCUGUGUAUCAGGAAAUUGUACGCAAUUUACCCUUUUCCUGUUCAUAAGCUGAGCCAUAUGUACAUAAAAUCUAGAUUUGUUUUCCUAGUUUUGCACUUUUAUAGCCUAUUUUUUGAAGAUGAAUACACUUGGAAGAUGGUUAAUCUAUUUUUGCUUGAUCCUUCAAUGUGUACUAUAAGUUGUCUGUCUCUCUCUCCUUUUUAAAUAACAGAUCUUAAGAAAUAGACAAAGACCAGGGCUGUGCUUAAUUACCACUUUUAAAAGAAUCCUGUCUUAUGUUGGUGCAGUUUUUUCUGAAGCGUUAGGUCCCCUUCCCCCUUCAAUUUGGGACGUUACAAAGAUGAAUGGGUUUUUUUGGCUUUUGAAUUUGGAGUUCAUGGUUUCCACAUCUGACUCAAGAUGUCCCUUCAACGUUAUCUUUUAUAGCAUGGUAAAUGCUAAGCUUGAGCUCCUUUCAGUUCUGCAAAAAUAACAUUGGAAGCCCCUCCAUAUUGAUGGUGUGUUUCCAGGAGGGGUGAUCCUUGUGGGGAUUUUCCCUGCAGGGCCUGAGGCUUCUGAUCUUACUUUUUUUGCACAGGAAGAAAUAGCUCCCACACCAUGAACAUGAAUGCAGGAAGCGACUUUAGCUGCAGUCUAUCAAUCACAUCUGCAUAAGAGCGCCAUAAAAGAAUUUGCAGUACCAGGGCUUUCUAGAUUGCACCUCUGGUCUCCAAAGUAGGUUUUGCCCAUCAGUAUUAACUAUGGGAUACUACUGUUUGGGGUGCCCCCCCCUUUUGGUCGGCAAUAACAAUGAGUAUGCAGGUACAAGUUGAUUUGUUAUAUUUAUUUCCUUUUGAUUUAUUUUAAUUGUGAAACCUUUAAGCUGUAGACACCAUACAAGUCAUUUAAUUUAUGAUGUGUUUUCAGUUUAGCAAAAUAUGUUGUUACAUGUGGAUGUAAAUAUAGACUUGGUGUUUUUGCAAAUA